AUGAGCUUCGGCAACGACAACAGCAACUUUCAGGGCAACUACCAGUCGACUGGUGCCAACAAUGCCAACAACCUUCGUGAUGACUACAACAGUGUGAACGACCGUUCUGCCGGCAGCGGUUUUGACAAUAGCCGCACCGUCCAGAGCAACACUGGAACUGGUUUUUCUAAUAGCGGCUUCGAUCGUACGAACGACCGUUCUGCUGGCAGCGGAUUUGAUAAUAGCAGCGGUUUACAGAGCAACACUGGGACUGGUUCAUUCAAUAGCGGCCUUGGUCGUACGAAUGAUAUUUCUGCUGGCAGCGGCUUCGAUAGUAGCCGAAACGUCCAGAGCAACACUGGGACAGGCUUGUUUAAUAGCGGCUUUGAUCGUACGAAUGAUCGUUCUGCAGGGAGCGGCUUCGACAAUAGCGGCGGUAGCGGCGGCUUCCAGAGUAACACUGGGACGGGUUCACUCAAUAGCGGCCUUGGUCGUGCGAAUGACCGAUCUACUGGAAGUGGGUUCAACAACACAGACAGCUUCACCAAUGAGCAAAGUGGACGUUCCUAUGACAAUACUUCGUCAGGCAGCCUCGGCCGUGAUGGCAUAAACAGCACAGCAUCCAACUUCAACCGUCGAGAUAAUGAUCUCCGAGACAACGCUGGACUCUCAAACAGAGGAUAUGGUAAUGACGGCCCAAAUACCGAACCUCGUGAGCCCUCGGGAGGAUCUGCCGGAGUUAUGCAGUCCUCUUUCGGUAGUGAAAAUACCACAACUUCCACCUUUGAAAAGUCACAAGGCGAGAAUUAUGGGAGCGGCUUUGGCGGAAGUGGAGAUAAAGUGAAGGAAGAAUUUGGCUUUGACGGUGGUCAAGAAACAAACCAUCGUCAGAACCAGGCAGGAACUGGAGCUGGCGGCAGUGGAUACUCCGCAGGACAGGACCAAGGUUCUAGGAACGAUGGUGACAACUUUGCAACCGAUGGUUCAUCUGGUCAUUCUGGCCACUCUUCGGGCCAUAAGCAGGGCCUCGAAGAAAAACUUGUGGAGAAGGCUGAGGGACUGCUUCAUCACGGCCACAAUGGCGAGACCAAAUAG